CAGUCUAUAUUAUUAUUCCAUUUUCAUGUUGUCAACUGUGCGGAUUAAAUCUUAUAUUACUCCAGCAAAUUGAAAAGUUCUAAAAACUUUACAGAAAUGUCGUCGUUUAUAUCGCGACUGGCAAAAUCCACAGCUGCCUCGAAGCGCUUGGUGUCGCAGCUCACCCAACGCAGUGAGGGUAAGAUGGGGGCGUUACUACGUCAGCUGGGCUUAGAUCGCAUUCUUGGCGGCUUAGGCAAUAAGGCUGGCCGCGCAAUCUCCACUACACCUGUGCUCAAAGCGGGAAUGAUUGAUGACAUUGAGCUUGCCACGGGCAUAUUUAAGCGUGAGAAGCUUUUACGUGAGGCCGGCUGCAAUGAUCCCUGGGCAAUGAGCAAGGCCAUGCGCCGUGGCUCUGGUCGAAAAAAUGAUCCAACUAUGAUACCAUCGGCCUUGGGAGGUCGCAUGGUAGGCUGCCUUUGCGGUAUAGAACGUGGUCCCAAGUGGAUGUGGCUAGAGAGCGGUGAUCCCGUCCGCUGCGAGUGCGGACACUACUUUCAAAUCAAGUAUGUGCCGCCUGUUUAGCUUCGCAGUCUACAAAAUGUGGAGCGCUGUACAUAAAUCAAGAGCAAACACAACUUAACUGAACUGAUCCAAAAUACACACAUAUAUAGCUUAAAGCAUUGCAUGAUAUUAUCAAA